AUGGGAAUAUUAUGUAAAAAGUUAAGUGUAGGUUUUUUAAUUGUUAUAUUAGGAUAUCUUGCUUUACUUUUUAUAUUUGAAAAAAAAUUUUUUGAACCCCUUGAUGGUAAUGGUUUUUCAUCACUAUUUAUUACAAUUUUUAUUUGUUGGGGUUUUUCUUUUUGGUUAGGUAAAAUUGUUUCAUUAGUUAAAAUUUCACCAUUAUUAGGUGAAAUAAUUUCUGGUAUAGUAAUAAGAAAUUUGGAUUUAAUUGAAAGAAAUAUAACAGAGGAUGAUAAAGUUGGGCAAUUUAUAAGAAACUUAGCAUUUAUUUUUAUUCUAAUGAGAACUGGUUUUGGUUUAGAUAUAAAAACAUUACAAAAAUAUCUUUUACUUUCAUUUUCUCUUGGAAUAAUUUCAACAAUAUGUGAAAUAAUAGCUAUAACAGGAAUCUCAUAUUUUUCACUUAAUCUUUCAUUUUCUAUAUGUUUAACAUUUGCCUCAAUUUUGGCAUCAGUGUCACCGGCUGUCAUUGUACCAAUAGUAAUAGAAUUACAAGAAAAAAAAAUAGGAACAAAUCAAGGAUUACCAACAAUUAUAUUAGUUAAUGCAACAAUUAUUAAUAUUUUUUGUAUAACAUUUUACUCAGUAUGUUUAUCAAUUUUUUAUGGUAAAGGAUCCUCUUCAAUAUGGUUAUUAUUUUCAAUACCAACUGGUAUACUUUUUGGUAUUGGAAUAGGAUUUUUUAUGGCAUUUAUUUUAAGAAAUUGUACCAGAAUAGAUAGUGAUAUAAUUCAUUUACAAAGAUCCCUUUUAUUAAUUUUAUCAUCAGUAUUUAUAUUUUUUGGUUGUAAAUAUUUUAGUAUGGAUAUUGUGGGACCAAUAUGUAUAUUAGUAAUAACUAUAUUAAUGAGUAUUUAUUGGAAUAAUGAAGAUGAAAUUGGUACAGAAAAAGAAGAAAAAAUAUUAAAAAAUAUUUGGAAUUAUAUAUUAGAACCACUUAUAUUUUGUUUAAUUGGUAUGGAAGUUAGAUUUUCUAAUUUUGAUGUUGAAUUAAUUCUUGUAUCACUUUUUAUAAUACUUUUUGGUCUCCUUUUUAAAUUAGUAUCUUUAUUUGUCAUUUCAUUUAAAUCACAUUUAAAUAUUAAAGAAAGAAUUUUUUUAAGUAUAUCACUUAUCCCAAAAGCAACUGUCCAAGCAACUUUAGCACCAGCAUUUUCUUUUAUAUUAAUAACAAAAAGAAAAAAUCAAAGUUUAUUUACCAAACAAAGCGCUGAUAUAAUAAUUCUUAAUAUUUGUAUUAUUUCAAUUCUUAUAACAGCUCCAAUUGGCCAUAUGUUAAUGGCAUUGUUAAAUGAAAAACUUCUUAAACAAGAAAAAAAUAAAGAUGAAGAAAUAAAUGAAGAAAAAGAGGAGGAAAAAUGUAUUGAUAAAAAAAUUUUUAAAAAAAAUGGAAAUAAUUCAAAUAUUUUUGGUAAUCAAAAAAUGUUUCAAUCACAAGUUUUAUCAGUAAUACCAGAAAGUAUUUCAGAUGAAAAUGUUCCAUUUAUUGAUGAAAGGGUAAAUGAAAAAACAAGGAUAACUUGUACAAAAGUUUAA